CAAUCCGGAAUAAGCUGGUUCUGGCACUGCUCGGUCGUUGAUGCAAACGUGCCACUCUGCUCAAGAGGUGUGGGUAGAAGGUGUGCGCCUGACCUGAAUUUUUUAUACUUACUAAAACAAAAAUAGUUUUUUUUUUCUCUCUUUUUGUGCUCCUUUCGCACAAUUUCAUCGACAAUGGGAAGGAAGAAGGCUGGAGCUGAUGGGGAUGCAGGCGCAGAGCCACGGCGAAAGUCUCAGCGAUUGUCAGAGAAAGAGACGCCACAGAAACCCCAGCCAGAAAAGACAAAGGCAGCCCCAAAGGCCAAAAAGGUAAAAGAGGCAAAAAAGGCAAAAGAAGAGAAGAAAGAAGAACCUCAGGCUGAUGACCAGGAAGCCGUUGCUGAAAAUGGAGAAGCCAAGUCUGAAGAGGCUGCAGCUGAAGAGGAUAAAAAGGAAGAGGAUGCUGACAAAGAGGAAAAAGCAGCAGAGUAGUGCUCCCACUACCUCCUGUUGUUGUAAAAUGCAGAGAAUAUUUUUAUCAGCUAUUUUCUUAAGUCAACAUUGUUUUUAGGAACGUGAUUGCUUUUUUUUUUAAAGAUAACUAUGCCCCCCCCCAAAAAAGUUUUUUUCUUUGUUGUUGUCAGGAUUGGCUAACAGAUUGUAGUCGUUAUGCCUUACAUGCAAUCCUGCCUUAUUAGAAAUGUGCAAGCUUAUUCCAAGAGAUUUUCUGAUAAUUGUUAACCUGUAUAUCUGAGGAGGAACGACUUCAGACUUUGAUUAAAGCCUCAUGAUUGCAGGGUUUGUUUCAUAAACUUGUAUUUUUUUAGUGUUUUCACAGGAAGUGGUAGGGUUUACUUUAUGGUACAGUUGAAAAUCUCAUUGGUGCUCCAAAAGUGCAUUACAGCAUUUGUUAAACUUUUCUCAAGUUUACCUGGAUAAGGUGUGUGGUUCGGGGGUUUCUUUACCAAUGUACAGUCUUCUUCUUUUAACAUACCUUGUUGUGCAUGGUAUAAAAUGCCAAAUAAAGCGGGAUUUCUUUACAGACUUUA